UGAGAGGACCCGAGUCUUUUUCAGCCUGGGGCCAUAGUGAAAUACCAUGGAUGGGGCAGUCUAAACAAACUUUCCUCCCAGUUCUGGAGGCUGGAAGUGUACGGUCAGGGUGCCCGCUGCUCUGGUAGCUGGUCAGGACCCUCUUCCCAGCUGCCUUCUCGCCGUGUCCUCACGUGGCCAGCUCCUGGGGUCUCUUCUCUUGGGCACUAAUCCCAUGAUGGGCCCCACCGUCCUGACCUCAUGUGAACCUGGUCACCUUCCAGAGGCCCCACCUCCUAACACCAUGUUGGGGUUAGAGCUUCAACACAUGAACUUGGGGACACAGAAUUCAGUCCAUAGCAGUGGGAUCCAGGAGAAGGGAGAGCUGCCUGGGCUGGACCGGUGGGAACCUAGGGCCUGCCACGCACACCGUGAGCUCUGAUGUCCUCAGCUUGUGUCCUGUAACACAGUAACUUCAUUCCGCGUGGGACAACUUAACGUGUUGCUCCGAUUUGUGUCCCAGGGCUACACACCCCGGGUGGAUCCCUAACAAGUGGGGCUCUUCUGCCUUUUGAGCCAGCUCCCUCCCCAGCGUACUUGGCAAGACAGGUCCUCCCAGGCUGUCGGGAAUUCCCACAGUUUGGAGUUUGUUUUCCCAGAAGCGUGUGGGUGAUUCUGCUGCUGUCAUCUGUGUGAAGUGUUAUGGUUUCCAAAGCCAGAUACCGGUGCUGUCCCCCGCAGACGGGGACAGGCCUCGGAGAGCUCCUGUUUCCCCAGCAGAGGGAAGCUCAGAGGGGUCCAGAGUUCAUGGGCCAAAGUGGCAUCUGUGUGCGGCAUGCGUUUUGCAGCCUAGAGAGACCCUAUUGUGUGUGGCUGGGGGGCUGCUGGGUGGCUACUCUCAUGGCUCUGGAGGCAGGAGUCCUAGCAGGUACAAGCUUCCUGCCCAAGGCCACGUAGUGUUAAGAGGCUGGUCUGAGGUCUGGCCAACCCCGUGGCCAUCGCCCGAAGCACAGUUGCCGGCAGGUAGCAAACCAGCUGGCCUGUUUGCCAGACGGACUUGCUGUGGGCAGCCUUGCUCAGGAGCCACCCUUCUAACAGUGAUGCCCGGCACCCCAGGCUGGGCUCCGUCAGAAGCUCCUCCUGCUGUGUGCUGGGCCCUGCUGGCCACCUGGAGCUCUGAUGGCUUGUGGGGGGCUGGGAUCUGGAGCCUGGGUUUGGGAGGGGGCACAUUUAUGCCCCCUUGAGAGUGUCAGCCAGUGUCUGGUGGGACCUGUCAGUCCAGAGACUUUGUGGCAGGAAACUGGGAAGGACGCAGAUGCUCCCCCAGCAGCCGCCUGCGGGUGUGGGGAGACGGAGGCUGGGCCCAUCAGUCUGUGGGGCUAGGCCCUUUGCUCCCUCCGGGCAGCUGGGAGAGGCUCCAGCCAUAAAUAUCUGAAAAUGUUAACGGUGAGCAGGGAAAGGGGGGGAGGGUUAAUGACCCACCUCAGUCCCCUCCUGCGUAGAUAUCGCCAAGGCCUUGCCAAAGAUGAGGGAACCAGACAAGAUAUUAGAAGGUGUUACCUGACAUGCUAACAUCAGGGAGAUGCUUCUCGGGAUGAGGGGAUCAGGGAUGCAGUGGUGGAGGGGCCUCCUUCCUGCUGACCCGGACUCUGGGGAGUAGCUGCCCCGCCAUCACGGGGCUCACGACUUGUCUGUGGCCAGAUGGGCUGGCUUGCCUGCCUGGCCCCCAUGGGCACUGGUUUCCUCCUGGGUGUCAGAGGGUGGGUCUGGCCAGGCUGAGUGCAGGGAAGGUGAGGGCAGAGGCCGGCCCAGCCCUGUGGCCACCAAAGGCUCCGGAGGGAAGGCUCAGGCACCGUGGUGGCCUCCUGUUCGAUGCUGUCAGCACAGUGUUUUCCUACGUUGUUGUAGUGCUUGUGCUGCUUGGAGGUAAGACCUGUCUGCUUUUCUCUGUAAAGUGUGUCGAGGAUGACUCUGUCCAGCUUUGCCUUCUGGGCCAGCCCAGGAGCAAGAGGUGGAGGCCCCGAGCUGUGCUCUCUGGGCCCCUGGCUCAGGCACAGCUUCCUGUUUCUGUUCCGGUUGGUGCCUUGCAUCAGGGGAGAGCUUUACUCUGUGACGCUGGAAGGAGGUGCUGGGAGGGGUGAGGCCCAGGUGAGCCACUGCCCUUGACCAGGUGCCAGCCAAGCUGCUGCUACUUCCUGGACAGGGGACACCCGGCGGGAGGCCCUGGCUGGGCUCCCCUUCCUGUUCCGCGGGGCCCGACUGCCACCUUCCUCGCUGGCUGCCCUGCUGCUGGGAGCCCGGAGCUCCCUUUGGCCCUAAGCCUGUGGUUCCCCUGCCUGACCCUUCAUCCUCGGGAUGGGCCGCCCCCUUCUUGGUCAGCUCAGGCCCGUCUGAGUGUCGUGGACAGCAGACCUUGCGGUUACCCCAGGAGGCAGCCCUGCUCUGUACCAGCUGCCCCGAUGGCUCCUCCCGGCCCCAGGAGGGAAAGCGGAAGUUCAGAGGCGCCGUGGGGGCCGGGUCACCAGUGAGGUUGGGGACAGGGUCUGAUGUUGCAUCGCGCUCAUUCUAUUAUUUGUUUUUCCUUCUUGUCAUGAAAGUUUUGAAAAGUGCAGGAAUAGAGAACCUGAGCCCUGGGGGAGGGGGGCUCCAUUGGUUAGAGCAUCUUCCUGAUACACCAAGGUUGAGGGUUUGAUCUCUAGUCAGGGCACAUAUAAGAGUCAACCAACGAGUGCGUGAGUGGAAAAACCCAUGUUUCUCUCUCUCCUUUCCCUUCUCUCUUAAAUCAGUAAAUAAAAUUUAGAAAAACAUGAACCUGAAGUGAACCCUUGGCACGUACUGAAGCCCCUGUGGGGUCCAUCCUGUGUGUCCCCCGGCUGCUGCUGAGUCAUGGCCAGAGAUCGUGUCUGUCUGUGUAAGGCCAUGUUUGUCAGACCACGACUCCACGCCACAACUACAACCAAGUAACAGUCCUCUGUGACGCCAGUCGCUUGUCCAGGUUCUGUGGGGCCCUUGUGGUUCUAUUUGGCAUUCCCGCCAUGCCUUCCUGGGUCUGCGUGCUGGCCGCCUGUCCUGGGGCGGCAGAACCCUGGCUCCGUCAGGCACUGGUGGGGCUCUCGGUGGCCUCGGGGAGGCGCAGUGAUGGGACAGUUGCGUGGUCACAUGUCAUGUGCUGCUCCUUCACCCCUCACCAGGGUUCCCGUGGAAGGGGCCGGCCCGUGGGCCUCCCAAGUCUGUGCUGACAUCUGUGUGCAGGUGACUGACCAUGUUGCACUGUGUCGCCCGCGCUGACUCAGCGUGGACAGUAGCCACGGCUCUGUCCACAGAUGCCCGAGACAGCCCCCAGGGUCCAGCACUAACGUGAUGCAGAUUCACUCCGUCCACUGGGUUUCUCCUUUUAAGGAGUUCUGUGAAGUGUGUUUUGUUCCAAAGUCAGAGAGGAACCUGGUCCACCCGGCCGCCUGCGUCCCUGCUGGGUCAAAAGGAGGCGGGGGUAGCAAGUCCCAGGCUCACUGGCCACGACCCAUGCUGCAGGGUUGGCCUGGUGCUCAUGGUGGCGUCUCCCACCUGCCCCACCCAGCCCUGGCACCCUGGUGGCUGGUGACGUCAGGCAGGGAGGCUUCAGUCCUACCCAGGGGUCAUUCAAGACGACCAACAGAGACUGAGCCCCCUGACGGGGCCCCGGGCACAGCCCGGCUCCAGGUGAGGACGUGCACCUGUGUCUGCAGGCUCCCGUCAGUGCCAGAGCCUCGGCGCAGCCAUGGAGGAGGAAGAGGAGCAGCCGCCUCAGGAGGCCAACGCAGAACCCACUGUGACCUCAGGCGCUUCGGAGAUGGUGCCCCGGGUGCCGUCCGGAGAACCCCAGAACCUGUGUUCGUGUCCCCAAGAUCACUCGGUGCUGGGCAGCAGGGCCGACGUGGACGCCUUCAACCUGCUUCUGGAGAUGAAGCUGAAGAGGCGGCGAGAACGGCCCCAGCUGCCACGCACGGUGACGGAGCUGGAGGCCGAGGACGGCAGCAGGGUGUACGUGGUGGGCACGGCCCACUUCAGCGAUGACAGCAAGAGGGACGUCGUGAAGACAAUCCGGGCGGUGCAGCCGGACGUGGUGGUGGUGGAGCUGUGCCAGUACCGCGUGUCCAUGCUGAAGAUGGACGAGCGCACGCUGCUGCGGGAGGCCAAGGAGAUCAGCCUGGAGAAACUGCAGCAGGCGGUGAGGCAGAACGGGGUCAUGUCAGGACUGAUGCAGAUGCUGCUGCUGAAGGUGUCAGCCCACAUCACCGAGCAGCUGGGCAUGGCGCCCGGUGGCGAGUUCAGGGAGGCCUUCAAGGAGGCCAGCAAGGUCCCCUUCUGCAAGUUCCACCUGGGUGACCGGCCCAUCCCAGUCACCUUCAGGAGGGCCGUCGCCGCCCUGUCCUUCUGGCAGAAGGUCAAGCUGGCCUGGGGCCUGUGCUUCCUAUCGGACCCCAUCAGCAAGGACGAUGUUGAGCGGUGCAAGCAGAAGGACCUGCUGGAGCAGAUGAUGGCGGAGAUGAUCGGUGAGUUCCCGGACCUGCACCGCACCAUCGUCUCGGAGCGGGACAUCUACCUGACCUACAUGCUGCGGCAGGCCGCCCGGCGCCUUGAGCUGCCUCGCUCCUCUGAUGCUGAGCCCAGGAAAUGUGUCCCCUCUGUGGUGGUGGGCGUCGUGGGCAUGGGCCAUGUCCCCGGCAUUGAGAAGAACUGGACCACUGACCUCAACAUCCAGGAGAUCAUGACCGUCCCCCCACCAUCCAUCUCCAGCCGAGUGUCCCGGCUGGCUGUGAAGGUCGCUUUCUUGGGCCUGCUGGGCUACGGCCUGUACUGGAUGGGGCGCCGCACCGCCACCCUGGUCCUGUCGCUCCCUGCCACCCAGUACUGCCUGCAGAGAGCGUCUUCCGCCCGGCCGGACCAGUAGGAAGGACCAAGGGAGCCACCACAGCUGAGGGGGCCGCAUGCAGCUGUUCCCCCGUACCAGCUGAGGGCGCAGGGUCGGCCCCCUGAGGAGCUCCUGGGCACCACCCCCAUGGGGACCCAGGCCCAGCCUUGCCUGCCCUCCCCCGACCCACCCAAAUAAAGAAUUAUUUAACUACUCUGAGCUCAGGCUUCCCAGCCCCGCCCCCACCAGGGGCCAUUCAUGGGGUUCAUGGGCAUCAGGACAAGGGUCAGGGGAGGAGCUGAGAUGCACCCUGGCCCUCAGCCCCCAAGCAGUGGGGCAUGUGGGCCCCUGCCGGCCAGCCCCUCCCUCACUGUGCCUUUGAUGGGUGCUGGUCGCAGGAACGUCCCCUCAGGAGCCCGGGUUGGCCAAACUUGGUGGCCCUGGACGCUCGGCCUACAGAGAUUGUGUGUUUUGGGCUUUUUUAAAUUUGUGAAAUUUUUUACUCAGGUAAUUUUAACUUAAACUGAAGCAAAUGUCAGGAAAUACUAGCCUUAAAUCUGGUUGGGACAUAGGGGUCUUGGUCCUGAGACAGGAGCAUGCGGGGAGGUCAGCCUUGGCCGUGGGGCAGGAUGCGCCCUCCCGCUGCCCCCUUCAGCUGCCUCCAGCCCACGGUGCCAGGGGUGACAUGUCAGGGCUGAGGGGUUGGACCUGGUUCCUGUGUGUCUGGUGGGGGCCGUGGUUUCCCAACCUCUGUGGACAGAUGGUGCAUGUCCGCCAGGGCUCACCAGUUUGCACAUGUGCCAGCAGGCACCCACCACCCUCCCGUGCACCCACCUCGGGUGGUGCAGGCAGAGGCUCCCGGUCGGGCUGGCCCCGCCCGGCAUUUCCGCCUCGGUCGUUACUCGUGUGUGUAGUCAAUCAACCUGGUCUGUCCCCGACGUGGCUCCAUGAAGCCCGAAUCUGGGCCACGUGAUUGUGUUGACUUGGUGUCUAACCAAAUCAGGUGAAACCCACGCCAAGAGCUAGGCUGGAACCCUGGGCUGGGCCGUGUCCUUCCUGUUGUUCACAUGCGUGUGUACAUGUUCCUGAAAUAAAAGCUAAUUUUUGAA